CCUAUUUGCAUAGCUUUGUCUCUUGCCCUUCAAAAUGACUUCCCGUCUAGGCAUCCGACAAGCGCGGGUCGAAGAAGUCACUGGGACCAUCAUAAUGAUGGAUGAUCCAGAUGACAUGCCACUUGAUUCUACUUCGGCUCAAGAUGGCUCGCUUCACAGAGAGUCACUUACCAUCAAGAAAACUGCCACCGGUGUGAUUCUCAAUCCACAACCACACGACUCGCCCAACGAUCCUCUCAACUGGUCUGUAUGGAAAAGAGACUUGUGUCUAUUAAUCAUUGGAUUUCAGUCAUUUCUAGGAGGCGGCCAGUCUCCGUUGCUUGCUGCUGGUAUGAGUUCAUUAGCAACUGAGUUUCACAAAUCUACAGCAACAGUUGCCUAUCUUGUAGGAGGGUUCAUGUUGUCUUUAGGUGUAGGUUCCGUAUUUGCCAGUCCUUCUGCCGUUCUCUUCGGCAAGAGAUUGGUGUAUUUGGUUGGGAUCCUUGUAUUUCUUCUCGGCUCUGUCUGGGGAGCCUCGUCUAAAUCGUUUGGCAGCUUAAUGGGUGCCAGAGUGAUGACCGGGUUUGGUGCGUCUCCUACCGAAUGUUUGCCCAGUUCUACUAUUGCCGAAAUUUACUUUGCUCAUGAAAGAGCCUAUAGAGUCGGCAUAUACACCAUGUUGAUGUUGGGAGGCAAAAAUAUCAUUCCUUUGCUUUCGGGUUUGGUGUUCCAGAACCUAGACAGACACUGGCUAUUCUGGAUCCAAGCAAUGUUUUUGGGUGCAAAUCUCAUUCUCACCUUCUUGUUUGUUCCAGACACUUUCUGGGACAGAUCGCCUACACCUAAUAAGAGAUCUCAAGAGGAAACAGAAGCUGCCAUGAAGGUGAAAUCGUAUCACCCACCAGAGCAAAGACCAAAUGCAUAUGCUUUGCAGCGUCCUUCACAAAUGAAUGUGUUGGAUUUGGAAAGCAUUUCAUCCACAGUAAACCCCACUAAUUCUCAAACAGGACAGCCCAUCGGCAUAACCGAAGCCGAGACUACUCAUUACAAUAUACCCAAACAAACCUUUCGUCAGGAUUUGGCCAUUUAUUCUGGUAGACACACAAAAGACAGUUGGUGGAUGGUGGCUCUAAGACCCUUCUUCUUGUACACAUAUCCCUCUGUUCUCUUUGGUUCGUUUAUAUACUCCUUCGCUGUAGUGUGGUUGAUUGUGAUUUCUGAAACUAUCUCAGAAAUUUUUAGAGGCGAAGGGUAUGGAUAUUCCCAAGGAACAGUUGGAUUAUUCUAUGUUUCUCCAUUUGUUGGAGGUAUCUUAGGCUCACUCACUGCUGGUUUAGUUAGUGAUAGAUUGAGUCGAUUCCUAGUGAGCAAGAAUAAGGGAGUAUAUGAACCUGAGUUCAGAUUGUUCAUGAUCAUACCUUCUACAUUUUUCAUAGCUUUUGGUCUUAUGGGAUUUGGAUGGUCUGCGCAAGACAAGGAUUUGUGGAUUGGACCCGUUAUCUUCUUUGGAUGUUUGAGUUUUGGAAGUUCCAUGGCAAGUACCACUGCGAUAACAUUCACAGUGGAUUCUUAUAAGGUUUUCUCUGCUGAAGCAUUAGUAUCCUUCAACUUCUUAAAAAACUUGAUUGGUUUCAUAUUUUCGUUGUUCAAUAACAACUUCGCUAAUGCCCGUGGAAAUCGUACUGCUUUUGUAACUUAUGGAGCAGUGCAAAUCUUUGUGAGUUUAUGGGCAAUCCCAUUGUACAUUUACGGGAAACGUUUGAGAAGUUGGACUGAUAAGAAGGAAUUCUUGAAAAAGUUGUACCAUGUUGAUAAUAUUCCUAGAAAUGUCUACAAGGAAAGCAUGGCCACCAGUGCUGCGAAUAUCUCCUCGCCCAAGGAAGCAAGCACUCCAUCAGGGCCAAUCUCUUCUUCACUCUCUGUUGACGACAACACGGUUCAUAAUAGUGAGGUGGAAAAAGUCAGUAGCAAUAAGGACGAUAGUGUUACGUCUGAAGAUACCGCACCACCACAAAAGAGCAUUUGAAUAACAGUCAAAUCAGCCUGGAAUCUUACGAAAUGACGAUUGCAUUAAUUCUGUACACUAGUCUAUUAAAAUACGCUUUAUAGAAAAAUAACUAUACUUGUUUCAA